AUGGUGAUCCUUUAAAACAAAUUGUAACACAUUUUUACUAUUUUCAAUCAAAAAGGUCAAUAAUUUAACAGUAAAUUUUGAUAGGACCAUUGAAAAGGAAAUACCUAAAAUCAGUAAUAAUAUUGAUGGUUGUGUGGUGAAUAAAUAUUUUAUUAUUAUUUUGACAACGGUAACAAAAAAGGAUUAAAAUAAAAUAAAAUAAAAAAAAACUGGCUUCCGUUCGGUGCUAAUAUACAUUUUGAUAAAUUGACAGCUAUUAAAAAUGAAUGAAACAUUUCAGAAUAAUAUUAAUGGUAAUAUAACAGAAAAUCCUUUAGCAAUAUAUGAAGCUGCUUGCUAUGAAAAAUGGAGUAAUACACCCCCAUUAUACUCAAAUGAGACCGUUUAUUGUCCUCGCACAUGGGAUAGUUGGUUAUGUUGGCCAGAUACAUUGGCUGGGCAAACAGCUUAUGAAAAAUGCCCUGGAUUUAUAACAGGAUUUGAUCCAACUAGAUUAGCCCAUAAAUAUUGUGAUGAAGAUGGUGAAUGGUUUCGUCAUCCACUUACAAAUAAAACCUGGUCUAAUUAUACGACUUGUGUUGAUGUGGACGAAAUGGAGUGGAAACAAAAAAUUAAUUUAAUUUACGAAGCUGGAUAUUGCAUAUCAUUAAUAGCCAUUUUAUUAUCAUUAGGAAUUUUAGCGUAUUUCAGAAAUGUUUUAAAUUUCAGAUCAUUAAAAUGUGCAAGGAUAACAUUACAUAUGAAUUUAUUUACAACAUUUGCUGGUAAUAAUUCAUUAUGGCUUAUGUGGUAUCGUAUAGUGGUUACGGAUCCCGAUACAUUAAGCGAGAGUGGGGCCGGAUGUGUUAUGCUUCAUUUAGUUUUACAUUAUUUCCUGUUAACAAAUUAUGCAUGUAUGUUGUGUGAAGGAUUCUAUUUGCAUACAGUUCUAGUUUCUGCUUUUAUAUCUGAACAAAAAUUAGUUAAAUGGCUGAUUGCAUUUGGAUGGACAUCACCAGCUGUUGUCAUUUUUAUUUAUGGUUUAGCAAGAGGUUUAUCAUCUAAUCCAGCUGAUAAAAUCCACUGUUGGAUGAGCACCGAUGUUCCACAAACAAAUAUUUUAGUAGUACCUGUAUGCAUAUCAAUGCUAUUAAAUUUAGUAUUCUUGUGUAAUAUAGUAAGAGUUCUUCUAUUAAAAUUACGAGCACCAGCGGGACCACAAUCAAAUGGACCAUCAAAUACAGUAUUACAGGCAUUUAGGGCAACUUUACUAUUAGUACCAUUACUUGGCCUUCAAUAUAUAUUGACGCCAUUCAGGCCAGAACCAGGACAUCCAUGGGAAAGACUUUAUGAAGUUGUUUCUGCAUUUACAGCAUCAUUUCAGGGCCUUUGUGUUGCGAUAUUAUUUUGCUUUUGUAAUGGUGAAGUUGUCGCUCAGGUGAAACGAAAAUGGCGUAAUAUGUUCUUUAGUAAUCGGCCUCGAUCGAAUUCAUACACAGCUACUCAGGUCUCGAGAAUUUAUAAUCGAAUGCUAACUAUGCAGGAUCAUUAUUUUAUAAAAAGUAAAGAUAAUAAUCAUAGUACGGCAACAACUCAUAUAGAUAUUUCAACUCCAGUAACACACGCAGCAUGUCUACAAAUAGAUGAUGUAAAAGAUACGACAUUAUAGAAUUUUUAGAAACUUUUAGAAUUUUUACAAGUACUAUUCUAAACCUAAAUUAUUAUAAUAGUUUCAUAAAUAAGAAAAUUCAAUUUUAUAAUCUUCAAAAGUAAUAUUUUCCAAAAGGAAUUUCAUUGUCCUUCUUAAUAAUAUAUAUACAUAUAUAGAGAGUUUGUACGUUGUGGACCACCAAUGCCUGGCGAAGAGAAAGUUUGACUAAACGAUUUUUCUGGCCGUAAAUUCAGCCGUCAUAAACUUUCAUUAU